AUGGAUCAUUCACAUACAAAUUAUUUUUUACCUUUUGAUCCUACUUCGUAUUUUGAUUCGGCAGCUGCAGCAGCCGCAGCUACUUAUAAUCCAUAUACAGAUUUUUAUUCACACCCACAAUCAACAACAAGUUCAUCAACAACAGCUGCUUCCUAUCAUCAAAUGUAUCGAACAACACCAACAACAUUACGACAUCCGACAAGUUUUUAUUCAGCUACAAUGCAAAGUCUUCAAUCAUCUUAUAAAAUGUUUGGUACAUCACAAAAUGAUUCUAAUACACCAUCAUUUCUUGGUACAUCAACAACACCAACAGCAUUUCUACAUGAUAAUAAACGAAAACAAAGACGUAUUCGUACAACAUUUACAAGUUUACAACUUCGAGAACUUGAAAAAUGUUUUCAACAAACUCAUUAUCCAGAUGUUUAUUUACGUGAAGAAAUAUCACUUCGUAUUGAUUUAACUGAAGCACGUGUUCAAGUAUGGUUUCAAAAUCGAAGAGCUAAAUGGCGUAAACAAGAACGACAAAAACAAUCACUUAAAACAAAAAAUACUAAUACGAAUAUGUCGUCAAAAAGCAAUAAGAUUGCGGUAGUUGAUACGAAAAAAUCACAUAAAGAUCUUCCAAAUCGAUAUCCUCCUGUCGAUAAUAAUAAUGAUGAAACAAAACCUUCAACUUGUUAUAAUGAACAAAAUGUAUCGACUAUGGUUUAUACACCUCCUGAUAUAAAAUAUAAUUCAUUUUAA